AUGCCUUGCAGAGUUUUUCUUGGAAGCCUGCGGCGACUUCGGCGACGUAAACGAGCGGAGCCCUUGUCGAGAGAAAAGGGCUCCGCGAGAAGAAGGCCGCGCAAACGUACUUCUGGGUCCGUCGGGGUGUUGUCCGCCGGGGGUGGCGGUGGCGGUGGGGGAGGAGGAGGUUGUAGACGUCGUGAUUUGGAACGUCGGUCAGGUGGCGGUCGGGGUGUUCCCUGUCUUGCCACCAUCAGUUCUUCUGUCGCAGGAUCCGCGGGGGGUUGCGGCCCCGUGGUGGGGCUCCCCUCCUAUAAAAAGCGCCAAGGCAGUGGCGCUGUUUGGGGUCGUGGCAGCCGUGGACGCGGCAGGGAUCGCGGGGGCGGCGUGAACUUUUUCGGUUCCGGCGUCGCCCCCGCAAAUUACGCACCAGGACUGCAGGAUGUUGCGCCUGAGCUGCGAGAAGUCGUGAACAUCCUGGGCGAGAGAAACCAGGCUGGCACUCUAACAGGCGUGGGUCCGCCACCAGGAACGCUGGACAACGACAGCACGUGCGACGAUGAGGAAGGAACUUCUACGAAGAGACCGCCGAGGCCUCUUUACAGGAGAUUCAUUAACUACGUGAGGCAAGCCUGGACCGGCGUCAAAUUUGCUCUAGACUCAGAAUACGAGGAAGAGCAAAUACCAAGAUACAGGCCAGACUCUUUGGCAAGCCUUUGUCGAGCGACCAGAUUCACUGAAGCCGAGUUGAAGAGAAUAUAUCGCGGUUUCAAGGCUGAAUGUCCUACGGGAGUCGUCAGGGAGGAUACUUUCAAGUGCAUCUAUUCGAAAUUUUUUCCCCAAGGAGCCAAUACAAGCCAGUAUGCGCAUUACGUUUUUAAUACUUUGGACCAGGAUCACAGCGGGCUUCUCAGCUUUGAGGAUUUUGUUACUGGCUUGAGUAUACUGUCCCGUGGGUCCAUAGACGAAAAACUUCGUUGGACAUUUUCUCUUUACGAUAUCAACGGAGAUGGCUGUAUUACAAGGGAAGAAAUGACGGACAUUGUGACUGCCGUGUAUGAGCUAAUGGGAAAAUUCUCUGAUCCAAACUUGGAUCAUGAAGGUGUACGCGAAAAAGUGGAUCGAAUGUUUCAGAAAAUGGAUGGUAAUAGGGACGGCGUAGUGACGCUAUCCGAAUUCUUAGAGGCUUGUCGCGCAGAUCCGGACAUCUCGACCAGUAUGGCAGCUUUGGAUACUGCCUUCUGACAGUCACAGCGUCCACGAUACACACCAUGGACCUGAAGGGAUCACUCGGUUAAAAAAUAAAUCGCUCAAUGUUGUACCUUAACUCCCUGGACCAGAGGAAAGAGAUUUCCAAGGUGUGUCUCGUCAUCUUGAAACGACUGAUAUGCAAUUUCUCAGAAUCGAUUGUUUCGAGAGACGACAUUGCGUCACUUUGCGCAUACUAGUUCAACAAAAAUGUACUCAGUAAAAUCUCUAGAUAUGCAAGAGAAAAGAGUUGUUAUUGAGAAAGAAAAAGAAAAGCAUUAAUAAAUGGAGUAUCAAAGGUUGAAUUUUGCGACUUAAAGAUAACAGAGCAACAGAUAUAAUUGUUUUGUGAUAGGAGUGAAAACUAUGAAUAUUCGAUUGGCGUGUUAUUUGAUAGGUAGAAUGUUUGUACGAUUAAAUAUCAGAAUCCGCAAAUAUAUAAGAAAAUAAAUGGAACGAAGUCGAAAUAACAAGCAAGUUGUAACAAUAUUAAAAUAACUAUGAUGUUUUGCUUAAAACUUGUUUAGGAAAUGAUGAAAUUGUAUACAGAUAACACGAUAUCUUUUACAAAAAGAAUGUAUAUAAUGAGCGUUCUUCCCCAGUAGCUCUCAAGUGUCGGUAAAGCGGUGUAUAACAAUUUCAUAAAGCUUUAGUCAGUAUAAGGUGGGAUUUAAAUAAUUGAGAAAAGCAGUUCUUUGCAUUAUCGUAAAUCAUAAACGCAAAAUAUCAGAAUUUAUUUUAAAGAUUUAUGCACGUCGUUUCUCGCACACUAUUUUAUUUUUCUUAUGUUCAUUUUUAUUAUAAAAAUUUUUUAUUCACAUUGCUAUCAAUGACCUUUAUGGAUAAUUUUCACGAAUAUAAAGGCAAACACA